GUCAUCCUUUGUGCUCGUGCUGCUGCGAGACGACUACAGCUCAUUUGCUCCGAAGAAAACGAAGACAUCAAAACCUAUUGAAAACUGAAGAGGGAUGGCUGAGAGCAAGAGGAAACGACCUGAUGCCUCCUUAUCGUCUAAUGACUCCUUCGAGGAGCCGAUGGGCUCCUGCAGCGAGCCGUCUGUCAGUUCACAGAUGAGUGCAACUAAGCCCACAGGUCCCGGCUGCAUCUCUAUGAAGAGCGAUCGAUCCAUGUGUGAACCACUCUCUUUUGGUCUUGAAGAGAUGCAAAGACAGCAGAGUGUGGAGCCGUUAGGUUCAGAGUGUAAGGAGGAUUCAGUCCAUUUCACUGGCGGACACCAAACAGAUACUAAGGAAGACGCAUUUGUUGCAGGAGGCAGCCAUCUUUUGAAAGCAAAGAAGAACCUUAAGGAAGCAAUGCAAAAGCAGUUCACAGUGACGAGCGAAGGUCACAGUGACCAACAGACUAAUCUGAAAUGCAUCUACACAACACUCCACAUUACCACUGGAGAGACUGGAAAUCCACAUGCAGAGCACGAGUUGAGGCACCAUAAGCAUAAACUGAAACAACAAUCUUCUGAACAUUCAAUCAAUGUCAGUGACAUCUUUAAACGUAUGCCUGGCCAAGAGAAACCCAACAGAACAGUCUUGACGAAGGGCGUUGCAGGAAUCGGAAAAUCAUUUUCCGUGCAGAAAUUCAUUCUUGACUGGGCUGAGGGGAGAGACAAUGAGGACAUUGAUUUUGUUUUCAAUCUUGCUCUUCGAGAGCUGAAUUUGAGUACAGAUAACAAAAGCUUACAUGAGCUCCUGACUGAAUUUCACCCUGCGAUCCACCAUCUGACAAAUUCAGAAGAUUUAAUCAAAGCCAAGGUUGUAGUGAUCCUGGACGGCCUGGAUGAAAGCAGACUUCAACUGGAUUUCAAGAACAAGCCACUAACAUCAGUCAGUGAAGUGACAUCUGUGGGGAAUCUUCUAGCAAACCUCAUCCAGGGUAACCUUCUUCCUAAUGCUAACGUGUGGAUAACAUCCCGUCCAGCAGCAGCCAGUCAGAUCCCUGCAGACUUUAUCGACAUGGUGACGGAGAUAAGAGGGUUCAGUGACCCACAAACAGAAGAAUACUUCAAGAGGAGAUUUAGAAAUGACCCAGGCCUCGCUGACAGGAUCAUUUCACACAUUCGCUCUUCACAGAGUCUCGACAUCAUGUGCCAGAUCCCGAUCUUCUGCUGGAUUUCUGCCGUGUUAUUUCAGGAGAUCUUUGGAGGAGAUGAGAAAGCUGAAACUCCUCAAACUCUAACAGAGAUGAUGGCCCAUUUCCUGUUUGCCCAGACAAAACGCAGAAGCAGAAAAUAUGACCAGAAGACAGAGGAAAACAAAGAGAGACUUCUGAAGACACACAGAGAAUUUCUCCUGAAACUCGGCAAGCUUGCGUUUGUUCACCUGCAGAAAAACAAUCUCAUCUUCUAUGCUGAAGAUCUGGAAGACUGUGGCAUCGACGUUAAAGAGGCAACCAUCUACUCUGGAUUUUGCAACACAAUUUUUAGAGAGGAACAAGUCUUUUCCCAGAAAAAGGUCUUCUUCUUUGUGCACCUGACCAUACAGGAGUUCUUUGCAGCUCUGUUUGUCUAUGACUGUUUCACAAACAACAACACAGAAGUGCUUGACAGCUUCCUCGAUCUGAAGGACAAAGAACAUACUUUACUUGAUCUUGUAAAGAUGACAGUUGACAAAGUGUUGGAGAAGAAGAACGGCCACCUGGACUUCUUCUUGCAAUUCCUUCUUGGCCUCAUGGUACAACCAAACCGCAGAGUCCUGCAGGGUCUGCUGACAUCACCAGAUCCAAGCCAGGAUACCGACAAGAAAAUCUUGACUUACCUCAAAGCCAUCCGAAGGAAGGCCCUCUCUCCAGACAGCUGUAUGAACCUCUUCCAGACCAUGGUUGAGAUGAGAGAUCACAAAGUUAAAGAUGAGAUUCAGGAAUAUCUCAAAUCAUCAGAUCGUUCAAAAACAGAACUGACUCCACUGCACUGCUCUGCAUUGGCCUACAUGUUGCUGGUAUCGAAGAAUGAUCUGGAUGUGUUGGACUUGAAGAGUUACAGCACAUCAGACGAAGGCAGAAGGAGGCUGAUACCUGCUGUGAGGAUCAGCAGCAAGGCCAUACUAGCAGACUGCAAAGUGACUCCAGAGUUGGUUGAGCACUUGGCCUUUGCUCUCAAGCACCCCAACUCAGCUCUGAGAGACCUGGACCUCAGCAACAAUGACCUGAAAGACUCAGGAGUGGAGCUUCUUUGUGAUGGCCUGUCGAGUCAGUGCUGCAGAUUGGAGACACUGAGGUUGUCAGGUUGUCAGGUCACGGAGGAAGGCUGUGCUUUUCUUGCCUCAGCUCUACAGUGCAACCCCUCUCAUCUAAUAAAGCUGGACCUGAGCUACAACCAUCCGGGAGACUCAGGAGAGAAGCUGCUCUUUGAGCUGAAGAACGAUCAACAAUCUAAGCUCAGCAUACUCAACACUGACCAUGGUGGAAGUCAAAGGUUGAAACCAGGCUUUAAGAAAUAUGCCUGUGAGCUCACGUUGGACGCUAACACAGCCCAUAAGAACCUCCUUCUCUCCGAAGGGAACAGAAAGGUGACCUGGGUGGAAGACGAGCAGCCAUAUCCACCUCACCAAGCAAGGUUCCUGCAGGUGCUGUGUGAACAGGGUCUAGAUGGGCGCUGCUACUGGGAGGUCGAGGUUUUCGGACCCUUAAGCGUUGGAGUCACAUACAGAGGAGCUGACAAGAAAGGGAGGAUGGACGGGUUCAAGAUGGGAUACAGUGACAAGUCUUGGUGUCUGGUUUGCUCUAAUGAUGGCAAUUACGUUUCGCACAGCAACAAGAAAGUCGAUGUGUCCCCACUGGGAUGGCGGUCCAGUCGGGUGGGGGUGUAUCUGGAUUGUCCGGCUGGCACUCUGUCCUUUUACAGAGUUUCCUCUGACAGUCGGACUCGCCUCCAUACCUACAAAACAAAGUUCAAUGAGCCCCUGUAUCCGGCUGUUGAACUUGAACACAUUCAGUCUUCUGCAUUAUUCUGUCAGCUUAUAUAACCCACCUUUCAGUGCGUUCACUCCAGCACCAACCCCUGGCCUCCAGUUUAGGUUAUUUCCCAAUAAAACUCUAAACAUGUAACAACGUCCUACUGUCUUAUAGACCAAUUUCGAGUGGAUGUCACAGUUACGUCACAGUAGUUGCGUGCACACACUGGUGGCAGAAAAACAGUGGACAUUGGAGAUAAACUGUUGAGAUACCCGGAAUAAAAAUGUCUUCUUGUGCCAGGAACACAGAAUAAGACAUUCUUCAUUUUUACAGAAAACUCUCGCAGAGGACGCAGUAGUAGAAAGUAAAGUUUUGUCUCCAGUUAAUUAUAAUCUCGAUAUUAUACAUGAACAACAUUACUGACGUGGUGAAAGAUAAUUUAUCAUCAUAAGGAACUGUAAAAACUCACAUUUGUUAAGCAGGGAUUUGUCUUAUUGUCCUUGGUUAAAACAAGUGUAGACUUUCCCAUAUAAUUUAACGUGGAAGUAAUAAACACCUUUUUAACUAGCUAACUAACGUCUUCUGUUUAUUAACUCCUUGUUUAUAAUAGAACAGACUAACUUUCACCACUGAUCAUUUUAGAAAUGACACCACAAGAAAACAUGUUCUUUUUUUAGAUUAAUGAACCGACACUGGCUCAUCGUUUGUCUCUAGCUCUCAGCGAUCAGCCAUAGGUAGGAAGCUAGCUAAGUGAGCUACAUCGCUAAUGUUAGGGUGCCUUUCACUUUUCCUGCCUGGAUGCAGAUGAACCGAUCUAACCACACAUCCAUAGGAUUUCUUGCAAUGGUCUCUGUAAAGGGAGCUGUGGUGAAAGUUAAUAUACUUUGUUAUGAUCAAGGUGCUCAUAAGCAGACAGCGUUAGCUAGCUGGCACGCGAGCUGGCACGCAAGCUGGCAUGCUAGCACAUUGAUAAGUUGUACUUCCACUUUAAAUUAUUUUAUAUGGGAACAUCUCCACAACUAUUAUUCAAGGACAAUAAGCCAAGUUUUUACAAUUCUUAGGAUGAUUUAACUUUCACCACGUUAAUAAUUAAGUAACUCAAAUAAGCCAAACACACUUUUUUUUUCCCCACUACACGGAAGUGAUAAACUCAUGGAUAUAAAAAUGACUCGGUUAAGAAAUCGGUCAUAGUGUGAUACGGCCGUCGCUCUUUCCACCUCCGUUGUGUGUAUGUGUGUGUAUGCAACACUGAUUUUUCCCUCUGUGUGCUGCCUGCAUCUCCACUGGACUCAGAAGCUCCACCUCCUCUAUUCUGAUUGGUGCGGCCUCUGCUGUUUCUACCUGCACAGUCCACAGCUUACCUGGGUCCCUGAUUGGUGCGGCACAGGUGCAGUGGACCAAUCCCAGCCAUUCAAUCAAGACCGUCAUCUAUAAGUGCCCUGCCAGUCUGUCAGUCGGGUGGCUGACUGUUGGGGGCAGCUCGCCUUUUUGCUUGAUGACUUUGUGUUGUGUUGGUUAGCCCACUGAUAACAUUUGUUGCUCGUCAUAAGCUUUUGUGGACUUUUGUGAACCUUUGAAGUGUGGCCAGGUUGUUAGAAAUUGUUAUCCUUUGUGAGUGAUUCCAAACAUUUCCAUCCACACAUAGACAUUUACCUGUAUAGAGACACGAGGUGCAGGGGUGCUGUUUUGUUGUUGUUUGUUUUAAAAGCUGCAUUAGACAGAGUUUGUUUUCCCUUUUAUUUUCAAUUAGAUAGAUUUUAGGUUAAGCUCUGAGUGAGUCCUCCUUUUGUUAUAUUUGUUUUUUUGAGUUAAACAGCACCCACCGGCCCUCUUCCUUGGUUUGUUCUCAGUUUUGUUAACCAGACUUCCUUCAUUGGAGCUGCAAUAAACUGCCUUACCUUUUAA